AUGUCCGUCUUAUAUUGUUUUCUGUGUUCUGACUCCGGUCCUCCUGACUUCACUGACACAGAGUGGCUGGACUUGCUUAAUGAGAUACGAAAGGAAGUGUACGGUAAAUAUACUAAUGUUACAAGUGAGGAAGCACAGCAGACUCUAGACAGACUGAAGUCCCGUGAUUUCCUUUGGGAAGAUCAGGAAAAGAUAACGAAGGACACAAAGGAUGAGACAAUGUAUAGGAUAGUGUCAAAAGAUUGGACUAUGCAAUUCUAUUAUAGUAGCUAUGGCACAGCCAGUGUGUACCUGAGAUCAAGAGGAUACAGCAGAAAACUUGGAGAGAAGUGUGUCAUCAGUAACAGAAGUUACUAUGAUUCCUUACUGAUACGCCGUCUACAGAUGAACAUAUUGACUCAUGUCACCAUGGAGGACACGAGUAUAUAUGAUGAGAUACACCAGAUAUUGAAUGUCUCAAACCAAAAACUAAAAUACAGUGAAGAUAAAAGAGAAGAAUUUCUUAUGGAUCUAAGAAGAGGAGGGGAGGCUGUACAUUACAGAGGAAGAUCACAAGGCAGUGUACAUCACGUGACAUGGCUCUGGAGAUACAGGAGGAACGCGAGACCUGACAUCGUGAGAUCCUGUAUAGGCCUCCAUCCACACUGGGACAUUUACAUCAUCUACAACAAAGCUUACAGAAAACCAAGUAAAUACCACACGUAUCCACCAGAUGUCAGAUGUCAGCUGUACUCCUUACUGUUAACUGAGAAAUAUCAGCUGAAUCUCAAUGAACAAUCACACAACAGCACAAGAGACAAAAUUAGAGAAAGGUAUUUCACUGACAUCGCUGAUGACAGCCUCGUGAAUCUACCUGAUGGGAUCACAGAAACAAAUAACGGCGUGAUGACAUUUAAAUCAGAUGACAUCCGACAUGACGUCAUGUACGCUUUUGUCACGGAGUGUUUGAUGGGGGACAGUGAUCUGGAGUUUUUCCUGACCACGGCGUCGCGUGACGUGAUAUCAGAGUACUGCAGAUCCUUUGAAUAUAAGAGGAGUGAGGUAGAGAGAUGUCUGUAUCUACCGGACAAACCGGAGAAGAUGUGCGACCUCUUCAUAGACAAAUUACAGCUGGACAUCAUCACACACUGUACCGUGUCUGAUAGCGGUAUUCAUGAAAGGAUAACUGAAUAUUUAGAAACUAAAGAUAAAAAUGUCCCCCAUUCUCAUAUUAAUGACUGUGACAUGACCCGGUGA